AUGAAAUUCUUUGCUGCAGCCGCAGCACUUGCUGCUGGAGCCAAUGCUCUCACUAUUCGAGGUGAAAGCUGUUGCUUUACUUUGACUGCAUCUGGCGAAACAUCUGGCACUGUCGGUCAACUGAAUGAUGGCCAGAACCGCAUCGGUGGUGGAUUGCCCGCUGCCACAUUCUGUAUUACUCCUGGAGGUACCAUCACUGACAGCAGUGGUCGUGGAUGCAUUCUCACACGAGCUACUGCUGACUCGGGCUUUUCUGUCAGCAGCUCUGGUCAGCUUACCUCCAAUGGAUCUCCCGAUUUUGUCGCUUGUCAAACCGGCGAUAACGGUGCAUUGAAUAUUUACACCAACCCUUCCCCCAGCGAUGUGACUGGCUGUGUCCAUAUCACUCUUUCAGCCGACCAAUGCGCAACUUCUGCAAUUUCUUCAGUACAGUCAAGUACACCAGCAGCGUCUUCUCCCACUGCGUCUGAGACCUCACCUGUUAGCCCCCCUGCUAGUCUCCCGGCAAGCUCUCCCACCAAUCCUUCUGGCCCUGGAAGUCCGCCUGCAAGCUCCCAAGGUAGCCCAUCUGUCGUCGUGGUCACCGCCACGGAGACUGUGUGUACCCCCGGGCCGAGCACCGCUUCUCCCGCCUCAAUUCAGACCAACGCACCCGGGCCAUCAGGUACCAGCGUACCAUGUAGCACUGAUCUCGUCUCUGGCAAUUUCGAAUUUCCUCAUCUCAUUGUGCCUAUAGACUCGUCCUCUCCUGGCACUGCAGGCGGCACUCAGUUCAAAGCUGAAGUAACGUCUACCAUUUCCACUAUUUUCAAUUUUGAUAUCCCGGCGUCUGAUGCUGGAAAGACUUGCACUUUAGUCUUUCAUUUCCCAGAACAGAAGGAUUUGCAAACUUCCUCGUUCACCUUUAGCGGUGAUGGCAAUGUAUACUUUGCUGAGUUAAGCUCCCCUGCUACUCAAACUACGACAUUCAACAAUGCCCCAUCCGUCAAGACGGACUUUGGUGUAACUACCAUUGCGCCAGGAAACUCCUACGUGAUUUCCACUUUCGCUUGUACUUCAGGCGGAGCUGUGGCAUUUGAAUUGAAAGAAGCUGGAACUACCGAUUUUACUUUCUUUGAAGAUUACAAUCCUUCUCCGAUCGGUCUCUUUAUUACCACUUGCUAA